AUGUCCGAGCUGGAGAAGAUCAAGAAGAGUCUGCUGAAGAGCGCCAACGGCGAUGGACCAGCGCUGUUCGAGGAUCCGGACUUCCCGGCCAGCCAGAACUCGGUCUUCUAUCACCAGACUCCGCCCUUCAAGUUCACCUGGCUAAGGCCCAAGGAAAUUUGCUCUAGUCCACAGUUUGUCUCCGAUGGCCCAUCGCAGUUCGACAUCACUCCCGGCAAAUUAGGCGACCGCUGGUUUGUGUCGUGCCUGGGAGUGCUUGCAACCUGCCGCGGCCUGUUCUACCGCGUGGUUCCGGCCGACCAGGGCUUCGGCGAGGCGGACGAGUACGUGGGACUGUUCCGCUUCCGGCUGUGGUGGUGCGGAGACUGGAAGGAAGUGAUCGUCGACGACCGGCUGCCCACCGUCAACGGGAAACUCGUGUUCGUCCAGUCCGGCCACGGCUCGCUCUUCUGGGCUGCGCUGCUCGAGAAGGCGUACGCAAAACUGUAUGGAUCGUACGAAGCCCUCAAGUACGGCUGCAGUCUGGACGGGCUGGCCGACUUAACGGGCGGCGUGACAGAGACGCUCAACAUUCGCGAGGACCCGAGUGGCUGUGCGCGAACGCUGGCCGGCUCGCUCCUCGCCCGCACCACACUCGUCACAGCGGUCGUUCAGCAACAGCACACACAGUCGAGGACAUCACCAGAGAAAAUGGCGAAUGGAAUUUGGCUCGGCACAAACUACAGGAUACUGUCAUUUCAGAAGGUGACCACAGCAGGAGGCGAACAAGUGCAGCUCGUGAAGUUGAGGAAUCCUUUCGGAGUAGGCGCUGACUACAUCGGCAGCUGGUCGUUAGACUCCUUGGAGUGGGACAAGGUUCCGCCGGAGGAGCAAGAAAGACUAAACUACAAGAGCCCUGCGGAAGGAGAGUUUUGGAUGUCGUACCAGGACUUCAUGAAGACGUUCACCUCUCUCGAAGUGGUGCACCUUGACAGCGAGACUAGUCGCGACGAGCUCAGCCUGCGCAGCAAGACGCCCUGGCAGAUGAAGGUCUGGAAAGGACACUGGCAAAAGGGCGUCACUGCCGGAGGGUGCCGCAACAACACCGACACUUUUCACAUCAAUCCUCAGUUCCAGUUGAUCCUGUCCGAAUCGGAAGAAGUAGUCAUUUCUUUAAGUCAAGAUGCCGUAAUUGAGCCGAAAGUGAUGGGAUUCACUAUUUACCAGACGCCGAAGCCACCGAACGAAGCCCUCGACAAAGCCUUCUUCAAGAAGAACAAGUCACUACUCAGUUCCCAGUACAGUAAUUGCAAGCAGGUGUCCGUCAGGUGUGUCAUGGAGCAAGGAGGCUACGUACUGCUCCCGACCACUUUCGAAUUGGGCCAAGAAGCUUCUUUCACGCUGCGGGUGUUCUCGGGAAAACCGACAAAGCUAAAGCUCAUCGACAAUCAGCCGAGCACGGUAAAGCCGGCGAUAAUGAAGGCUCCGCCUUCGUUCGACAGCAAGAUCAGCUCGUACGAGGCUGUCUUCCUACAAGUUGCGGACGAGCACUCUUCGGUCAACUGCUUCGAAUUGCAGGAGUUGCUGGAAGCCUGUCUCCCGAAUGAUUAUGUCAAGAGCUGCGCAACAUUGGAGGUUUGCCGGCAAGUCGUCAUGGCGCUCGAUACAACCGGUCUGGGAAGGCUUCGGUACCAGGAGUAUAAGAACUUCAUGUGCAGUCUGAAGUACUGGCAGAGCACUUUCAAGAAGCACACACGUGGCACGGCAGGAAUUCUGAGGGCCGAGAAACUGCGCGAUGCCAUUGUGGAUGUAGGUUUUCAGCUCAACACGGAUAUUCUCUCGAUGCUGAUGCUGAGGUACAUGAGGAAAGACGGCACGCUGAGGUUCGGAGACUUCGUCUCCUGCAUUCUUCACCUGUCCGUCGCCUUCGCAACGUUUGAGAAGAAAGAUCCUCUUCAAAAUGGCUUUGUCAAGAUGACACUUGCAGAGUGGCUCAAGACGUCCUUACAAUGCUGAUCAAGGUCCUAACAAAUCCUUCGGAUAGCACCACCACUCAAGGCUCAAGAGAUCCCAGAGAAGAAUAACUGCGCGAUGUGUAUGCGCUUUUUUUUGAUUCUGUGGGCCGAAUCUCAAGGGACAAAGAACUCUACAGUCCGCCGGACCUGAAGUCAACCUUUGGACUAGAAGUUGUGAUCAUGGAGACCACAGUGCACGACAUACCGCUAUUGGGUCAUGUGCCAUUGCAUCAAGGACGCACUUAGAGUUCUCAAAGUAAUAUUUCACAGAUAUUCUGGUGACUUCAAGUGAUCCGCAGUGCUUCAUGAUUGGUGAAACUCAGAUCCUGAGGCCUUUGAGAUGGUGGGUUCGAUGGUGAUUUCACAGAUACGCUUAUGAUCAAUAAUAGUAACAAAUUUAUUCGCACCCAAGUGAGCGUUUUAACGAUACAUUAACAGCUUGGAACGAGCACUUAAUGAGCCCCUCACGUAGCGCACCCUGGCGCAGCGCACACGAACUUCAAGGAUGAUGUUUGCGUGUGCGAUGGGGGCUCAGUGGCCUUUGGGGCAUAAUCUUUUGAUCUGCACAUAUAGAAUCA